AUGAAUUUCGAUGAAGACAUCUCUCUCUCUCUCUCUCUCUCUCUCUCUUGGAGUAGUUUCCGGUUACUUUCUUUACCGUUUCCGGUUACUUUCUUCACGGUUUCCGGUUACUUUCCUUACUGUAUCCGAUUACAUUCUUCACCGUUUCAGGUUACUUUCUUUAAAGUUUCCGGUUACUUCCUUUACCGUUUCCGGUUAUUUUCUGUACGGUUUCCGGUUACUUUCUUUACCGUUUCCGGUUACUUCCUUAGCCGUUUCCGGUUACUUCCUUCACAGUUUCCGGAUACUUUCUUUACCGUCUCCGGUUACUUUCUUUACUGUUUCCGGUUAUUUUCUGCACGGUUUCACGUUACUUUCUUUACCGUCUCCAGCUACUUUCUUUACCGUUUCCGGUUAUUUUCUCUACGGUUUCGGUUACUUUCUUUACCGUUUCCGGUUACUUUCUUCACGAUUUCCAGUUACUUUCGUCAUGGUUUUUCGGUUAAUUUUUAUUACCGUUUCCGGUUACUUUCUUUACUGUUUCCGGUUACUUUCUUCAGGGUUUCCCUUACUUUCUUUACCGUCUCCGGUUAUUUUCUUCACAGUUUCCGGUUACUUUCUUUACCGUUUCCGGGUACUUUCUUUACGGUUUACGGUUACUUUCUUCAUGGUUUCGAAUUUAAUGUUUUCAAUCUCAUAAGCUAG